AUGCCUGGCCAACUUCUCUUCCAAGCAAACCCUCUGCCUGACCCGUCUCAGCUUCCUGACGUCUUUGAGAGCUUUGGGGUCAAGCUCAAUACCAAGGACUACCUUCCUAGUAAUGAACUUCACGCCUUGCAGAAGUUCAGGCGUGCCGCCGACUACAUUGCUACUGCUAUGAUAUUUCUCAAUGACGACGUUCUGGUCGAGAAGCCUAUCACCCAUGAUAACAUCAAGCCUCGCCUUCUCGGCCACUGGGGAACAUGUCCCGGGUUGAUCAUGGUGUAUGCACACCUCAACAGAAUCAUUCGUAAAACUGGUCUCGAGGCACUUUAUGUUGUCGGUCCAGGACACGGUGCACCCGCUAUUCUGGCCUGUCUGUGGCUGGAGGAUUCUAUGAAUAAAUUUUUCCCGGAAAUCACUCGUAAUUAUCGUGGACUCAAGAAGCUUGUUGCCGGCUUCAGUGCACCCGGAGGCUUUCCUAGUCACAUCAAUGCUGCAACUCCAGGUGCCAUCCACGAGGGCGGUGAAUUAGGAUACGCUCUUAGCGUCUCUUUCGGUGCCGUCAUGGACAAACCUGAUCUUGUCGUCGCCUGCAUCGUUGGUGACGGUGAGGCCGAGACAGGACCCACUGCCACGGCUUGGCACGGGUUCAAGUACAUCGAUCCUGCUGAGUCUGGUGCUGUGCUCCCUAUUGUACACAUCAAUGGAUUCAAGAUUUCAGAGCGUACCAUUUAUGGAACCAUGGACGACAAGGAGAUGAUUGCUCUUUUCACCGGUUACGGCUACCAACCACGAGUUGUUUCCGAUGUUGAGAACAUCGACAAUGACCUCGCUGCAUCUAUGGACUGGGCCUUGGCCGAAAUUAAGAAGAUCCAAACUGCUGCUCGUACCGGAAAAGCCAUCGUGAAACCUCGCUGGCCCGUCAUCAUUCUCCGUACACCUAAGGGUCUUUCAGGUCCGAAGGAGUUCCAUGGUGAACUUAUUGAAGGAUCUUUUCACUCCCACCAAGUCCCCCUUCCUAACGCCAAGACCUCUGACGAGGAACUCGCAGCCCUGCAGAGCUGGUUGAAGAGCUACAAGCCUGAGGAAUUGUUCACCAAGGAGGGUUCCCCAACUGAGGAGAUUCUCAGCAUUGUUCCCAUAGAUGCUGAGAAGAGGUUGGGGCAGAAGAAAGAGAGUUAUAAGGCUUACGUCCCGCUCGAUCUGCCCGAAUGGACUGACCUUGGUGUCAAGAAAGGGUCGGAGGAGAGCUGCAUGAAGUCUGUCGGACGGUACUUGAAGGAGGUUGUGAAUCUGAACCCCUCGACGUUCAGGAUAUUCUCUCCUGAUGAACUGGUAUCUAACAAAUUGGACGCUGUCCUUGAUAAUAGCGGCCGUAAUUUCCAGUGGGAUAUCGCCUCUAGAGCAAAAGGAGGUCGAGUGAUCGAGAUCCUCUCGGAGCACACUUGCCAAGGUAUGCUUCAAGGCUACACGCUCACCGGAAGGACGGGUCUCUUCCCGAGUUACGAAGCGUUCUUGGGUAUCGUCCACACGAUGAUGGUGCAGUACGCCAAGUUUGCCAAGAUGGCCUCCGAGACGCCAUGGAGACAAGACGUCGGCUCCAUCAACUACCUCGAGACGUCUACAUGGACGCGUCAAGAACACAACGGGUUCUCCCAUCAGAAUCCAUCGUUCAUCGGGGCCGUCCUUAACCUCAAGGCCGCCUCCGCCCGUGUGUAUCUUCCGCCUGACGCGAAUUGUUUCUUGUCGACUGUCUCUCAUUGUCUGAGGGCAAAGAACUACAUCAACUUGAUGGUUGGUAGCAAGCAGCCCACACCUGUUUGGCUAUCCCCUGAAGAGGCUGAUCGCCACUGUAUUGCCGGUGCUUCUGUCUGGAAGUUCGCCAGUGUUGACGACGGUGUCAGUCCCGAUGUUGUUCUCGUCGGUAUCGGCGUAGAAGUGACAUUUGAAGUUAUUACCGCUGCCGCUCUCCUCCGCCAGUACGCUCCCGACCUCCGCGUCCGUGUUGUGAAUGUUACAGAUUUGAUGAUUCUUUCGGCGCACGGAUCACACCCCCAUGCCCUGACGGAGGACGCUUUCCACUCGUUGUUCACCAAGGAUAAGCCAGUUCUCUUUAAUUACCAUGGAUAUCCCAUGGAGUUGAAGGGUUUGUUGUUCGGUCGGGCCGGACUUGAUAGGGUCACGAUUCAGGGUUACAUUGAAGAAGGAACGACUACAUCACCAUUUGACAUGAUGUUGUGCAACCACACGUCCCGCUACGAUGUUGCCAUCGCUGCUAUCCAAAGUGGCGCGCUUCACAACUCCAAGGUUGCGGUGUCGGCCCACGAGACUGAGAGCUACUUGAAGCACCUCGCCCAAAAGGAUAAGGAGUAUAUCCUUGCGAAUGGUCAAGAUCGUCCGGGAACGUUCGACGUGCCGACUUUCUAA